AUGACGCGCGCACAGCAAACCAUCUCUAUCGGUCUCCUCGUUACCUCCCUUUACCUCGCCUUGUACUUACAACUCGUUCCCCUCCCCGAGCUUGUACAGACCGAGAUCGUUCCUGUUCUUCCCUUCUGGGCCCUCGUUUCCUUCGGCGCUUACCUCCUCUUCCGUCUUGGCUGGAAUGUCAUGACCUUCCACGAUGUACCCGAGGCUCAUAAGGAGCUCACGGCCGAGAUUGAGUUGGCCAAAACCGAUCUCCGACGCUUGGGUGUUGAUGUGGACUGA